UUAAAAGACUUCUAAUAAUGAGCAAUUAUUCUCUCAUCUGAAGGGUUGAAACUCUUCUGAAAACGUUUGCUAAGGCCAGGCACUUGGACACUCAGUCACAUGCGGCAGAACCAGGCACAUGGAGGACAGCUGACUCCACAGAACCAGGGACUUGGGUUUUGCAAUGGAACAGAUAUGGUUGCUGUUGCUUCUAACAAUAAGAGUACUUCCGGGGUCUGCUCAGUUCAAUGGCUACAACUGUGAUGCCAACCUCCACAGUAGAUUUCCUGCUGAAAGAGACAUCAGUGUCUACUGUGGGGUGCAGGCCAUUACAAUGAAGAUUAAUUUUUGCACAGUACUUUUCUCCGGUUAUUCUGAAACAGAUCUUGCCCUGAAUGGAAGGCAUGGGGAUUCCCACUGCAGGGGGUUCAUCAAUAACAACACCUUUCCUGCUGUGGUUAUUUUCAUCAUCAAUCUCAGCACCUUGGAGGGCUGUGGCAAUAACUUAGUGGUAUCCACAGUCCCUGGAGCCAGUGCUUAUGGAAACACAACUUCAGUACAAAUAGGAAAUAUUUCAGGAUACAUUGAUACUCCAGAUCCACCAACAAUCAUCAGCUAUCUACCUGGGCUUCUUUACAAAUUUAGUUGUAGUUAUCCAUUGGAAUACCUGGUUAAUAAUACACAGCUUGCUUCGUCCUCAGCUGCUAUUUCUGUAAGAGAGAACAAUGGUACAUUUGUCAGCACUUUGAACCUGCUCCUUUAUAACGAUUCAACCUACAGUCAACAGUUAAUUAUCCCGAGUAUAGGAUUGCCUUUAAAAACCAAAGUAUUUGCAGCUGUGCAAGCCACUAAUCUGGAUGGCAGAUGGAAUGUCUUAAUGGAUUAUUGCUACACAACCCCAUCAGGGAAUCCAAAUGAUGAUAUUCGGUACGAUCUCUUCCUUAGCUGCGACAAAGACCCGCAGACCACGGUCAUUGAAAACGGCAGAAGUCAGCAGGGCCGGUUCUCCUUUGAAGUGUUCCGAUUUGUGAAGCACAAGAAUCAGAAAAUGUCCACCGUCUUCCUGCACUGCGUGACCAAGCUCUGCAGAGCUGAUGACUGCCCCUUCCUUAUGCCUAGUUGCAGCCACAGAGAGAGGAGAGACGCAGGGAGGAGGACCACGUGGAGCCCCCAGAGCACUUCUGGAAAUGCCAUCCUCUCUGCGGGGCCCAUCAUUACCCGGAGUGAUGAGACUCCAACCAACAACUCACAGCUUGGUUCUCCAAAUCAACCACCAUUCCAGCUGAAUGCCGUCACCAGCGCACUGAUAUCAGGAAUGGUCAUUCUGGGCGUCAUGAGCUUUUCGCUACUCCUGUGCUCACUGGCCCUUCUGCACAAGAAGGCACCCAACAGUUUGGUGUUGAAUGGCAUAAGGAACCCAGUCUUUGACUGACUGCAACAGGUUCUGGCUCUGGAGAGAAGGCUCACUGUGUGACUGCAGUCUGUGCUCCAUCUGAAUUGAAUGUGAGCCAGCACUUGAUAUUUGUAGGUUUGGUAGAUUUCACAGUGUAGCUCUUCAGCGUGAUGCUAGUGAAAGAAUUUUGAUAAUAUUGCUGUUGUCUCUUAUGGAUGUGGUCAGCCAUAUUUGUAUGGCACCAAUGAUUAUACUGACAAUAAGCAAAUAACAUUCAGGAUUUAUAU